AUGACCUAUCGAGAAAAAUCUGGAGCGCUUGCCACAGAGCUGACCGUUCCUGCAAUCAGAGUCUCAUUACGCGCAGCGACAGAGCUGUUCUCCGCUAGGAUUGACCAGCUUGUUCAAUUCAUUUACGACAAUGGCUUCGAGCCGCCGCCAAUGAAGACCGAGGACGAAAUGGGAAUCAAUCGGGUUCUGGACACAUUGCAAAUACCCCGUGGAGUGCCGAAGAGAAAGUAUUCUCCAACGUCAGAACCUCUGAGUGCUGUACCUACGCCUGGGCCUCAGCCACCUGCAGACAGCCCGCUUCCCAUACCUGCGUAUAAUAGGAAUUAUGCUGCGAACGGGAACCUUUCCGAAGCUUUGCCGUCGCAAAAUGUCCUGCCUACUGAGAAUGCAACCGUAGCUAACCAGGAGACAAUGAUUCCGUUUGGUUUCCAGUUUCCUCAGACGAGUUGGGAAUUUGCCCUUCCGACCGCAGAGAGCUUGGACUCUCUAUACGCAAAUAUGAGUGGCGGGUACCAGGCAUCCCCUGAGAAUGGGUUCAGCCCGGACAGUCUGCACUUGUCUCAAGACAUAGCGCAGCAGCCGGGUGUUCUUCUCGAACAGGCCCAGAACAGCAGAGAUGAUGACAGCGACAGCGGUGAGGAAAACGAAGCGGAGAAAGAUGUUAUUGAACAGAUUUCCCAUCGGAUCGGGACGUUGAAAAUUGCAGGCGAUGGACAUCUACGAUUUUACGGCGCGACAUCAAACCUCAACCUUGUCGAUGUGUCUGCGACGCAACAGCGCCAGCGUCCGGAUGCUCGGACUGUUCGCUAUGAUGGGCAGGAUAUCCUAAACCACUUGCGCGUUGGACAGUCGGUAGACCAGGCCCUCGAGGACCAUCUCUUGGAGCUCUAUUUUACUUGGCAGAACUGCAGUACGUAUGUUGUUGACAAGGAGAUGUACUACACUGCCAGGCAGAAUUGGAGAGAGGAGCUAGACGAUACACCGUUUUACUCUGAAGUGCUAACCAACGCUAUGUGUGCUGUUGGAAGUGCCUUUGAGGCUCGAUACCACCCCACGUUUAUUACAUUCCCAAAGUCACUCUCAGAAUUCUUCGCGGACAGAGCCAAGGCGCUGCUGGAAAUUGAGCUGGACUCUCCAUGUGUCGCCACAGUGCAGGCGCUUGUGAUUAUGAGCUGCCAUGAAGGUGCGUCAAACCGUGAUGCACGAGGUUGGCUCUACAGUGGCAUGUCUAUGAGGCUUGCAUUCGAUCUCGGACUACAUCUGGAUAUGACACCAUAUGUAGAGAAAGGAGACAUGAGUGCUUUCGAAGCCGAUGUGCGGCGAAUAGCUUUCUGGGGAAGCUACACUGCAGACCACUUCUGGGGCUUCUACCUUGGACGGCCGUUCCGAAUGAAUGCCGGAGAUAUCACCGUCCCUAAGCCCGCAUCGGGCUUAACUGUCGGAAAAGAAGACACAUGGCGUCCCUAUGGUCUACCCACAGACCAAGAAGGAUUUGAUGGAGCGCUGAAGAACCCUAAUGAACUGAUUAGCCGGCAAUUCGCCGUGCUUUGGGAGAUAAUAUCCCCUCUCGGACAUGUUCUAUAUGGAUGUUCCGACAUUCCGCGCCAUGAACUGCAAAGGUUCUGCCACAGAGUGACGGAUGAUCUCUUUGCCUGGAAAGCCAACCUACCCUCCCGCCUUGACAUCGACCUUGCAGAUGACACAACGCCUAUCCUGCCUCACCUCCUCAUGCUACACCUCCAAUACCACCAAAUUGUCAUCUUCACCCACCGCCCCUGGGUUUCGAAGAGCUACAUCCAACCACGCAGCCCUCGGCAAGGCCCAGGCUAUCACCACGCGCGUAAAAUGUGCAUAGAGUCCUCAAUCGCAAUUGCGCGGCUUCUCCACAUCUAUGAGAAGCACUACACAUUCCGCCGCAUGAACAACCAGGUCGUCUCCAUGAUCUUCAGCGCCGCUCUCAUCCUCCUCUACGUCACAAUCUCUUCCACCCCGCUCGCCAGCAGAACAGGCCUUGAGCAACUCAUGGACAAAAGCACCGAAAUGGUCGCCUAUCUGAACCUCUGUUUCCGCGCUCUAGACGAGCUCGGCCAGUCGUUCGAAAACGCCAAACGCACCCGCGAUUUCCUUGUUAGUCUCCAGCGACGCUGGCAGGCGAGGAUGCGCCGCUCGGGAGCUAUGAAGCGCCAGAUUAGUAGCCACCGGCCAGCUCAACCUUCUAAUACAAGAGAGUCCGCAGGAAAUGCAAUCCACCGAGACUCCUCGGCCACCUGUAAGAAGACCAGAGUCAGCGCGUCAGCAAAGGGACACAACCACUCAGCUUCUUUCUCCCUACCCACAACCCCCCCAGAACUACAGACCACGAAUGGAGGAGGAUUAUCUGCGGACUUUGACAUUAAACGCACCAAUCUUCAAACUCAAGGCCGACCCCAUAAUCUCCCAACAACAACGACGACCGGCCUUAACCUCAACCCGGCACAGCACAGCGACAUUGACUCAUGGAUCCGGGACUCCGAUCUAGGUAUUCUCCCCGAUAACAUCACGGAUAGUACGACUGCUGCGGCCUCUGCAUUCCGCAUGGGUGAUGCGAAUCCAAACGCAGAAGUUGACGGGGACGAAGUCGCGCUGCCGAGUCUAGAGGAUAUCGAGCCUUGGUGGGAUUCAGAGGCCGGGAAUGCGACGGGGGCGUUUGGUAGUUCGCUGUAG